CUGCGGGCGGGGCGUCCCCGUGGGCGGUCGGAUGGCCGCGGCGCUGCGCCGCCGUUCGGAGCCGUUGCUGCGGGUGCUGGUGGCCGCCAUGCAGCGAGCGGCGGGUUCUCCGUCGCGGCCGGGCAGCCCCGAGCUGGGGAGCGGUGUUGGCUGGCUGAGGGCGCUGCGCUUCGAUAACCUGGCGCUGCGCUCGCUGCCCGUCGACCCUUCCGAGGACCACGCUCCGCGGGCCGUGCCCGGCGCCUGCUUCGCCCGAGUGCGGCCCACCCCGCUCAGCGACCCGCGGCUCGUGGCCAUGUCGCCGCCCGCGAUGGCGCUGCUGGGGCUGGAGGCCGAACGGGAAGCGGAGGCCGAACGGGAGGCGGAGGCCGCCAUGUAUUUCAGCGGGAACCGGCUGCUGCCCGGCUCGGAGCCCGCGGCGCAUUGUUACUGCGGGCACCAGUUCGGCAGCUUCGCGGGGCAGCUGGGCGACGGAGCCGCCAUGUACCUGGGCGAGGUGCUCGGCCCGAGCGGAGCCCGCUGGGAGCUGCAGCUGAAAGGAGCCGGGAUCACCCCCUUCUCCCGGCAAGCCGAUGGUCGGAAGGUCCUGAGGUCAAGCAUACGGGAGUUCCUGUGCAGCGAGGCCAUGUUCCACCUUGGAAUUCCAACAACGAGGGCUGGAACCUGUGUGACAUCUGACUCAGAAGUUGUUCGUGACAUAUUUUAUGAUGGAAAUCCAAAAAAAGAAAGGUGUACGGUUGUUCUGAGGAUAGCGCCUACAUUUAUAAGAUUUGGCUCUUUUGAAAUUUUCAAACCCCCUGAUGAAUAUACGGGACGCAAAGGUCCCAGUGUGAACCGGAACGACAUUCGAGUGCAGAUGCUGGAUUAUGUGAUUGGCACUUUCUACCCCGAAAUCCAGGAGGCACAUGCAGACAACAGCGUUCAGAGGAAUGCUGCUUUCUUCAAGGAGAUCACAAAACGGACGGCAAGGUUGGUUGCUGAGUGGCAGUGUGUUGGCUUCUGCCAUGGUGUGCUGAAUACAGAUAACAUGAGCAUAGUUGGACUAACUAUUGACUACGGCCCUUUCGGAUUUAUGGACAGGUAUGACCCUGAGCACAUCUGCAAUGGCUCCGAUAACACGGGGCGCUAUGCUUACAACAAACAGCCAGAGAUUUGCAAGUGGAAUCUAGGGAAGCUUGCUGAAGCCUUAGUCCCAGAGCUGCCCUUAGAAAUAAGUGAGCUCAUCCUGGAAGAAGAAUAUGAUGCAGAAUUUGAAAAACAUUAUUUGCAGAAGAUGAGGAAGAAACUAGGCCUAAUUCAGUUGGAAUUAGAAGAAGAUAGCAAGCUGGUGUCUGAACUGCUUGAAACCAUGCAUCUCACAGGUGGAGACUUCACAAAUAUUUUCCACUUGCUGAGUUCGUUCUCAGUAGAUACCGAUCCUUCGAGACUGGAAGAUUUCUUAGGAAAGCUUAUGAGUCAGUGUGCUUCAGUGGAAGAACUGAGGGUUGCUUUCAAACCUCAGAUGGAUCCAAGACAGCUGUCGAUGAUGCUGAUGUUGGCUCAGUCUAACCCUCAGCUGUUUGCACUCAUUGGAACAAAAGCAAAUAUAAACAAAGAAUUAGAACGCAUUGAGCAGUUCUCUAAGCUGCAGCAGUUAACAGCAGCUGAUUUACUCAGCAGAAAUAAAAGACACUGGACGGAAUGGCUGGAGAAAUACAGAGCCCGUUUACACAAAGAAGUAGAAAGCAUCAGUGAUGUUGAUGCCUGGAAUACUGAACGUGUGAAGGUUAUGAAUUCCAGCAAUCCAAAAUACAUCUUGAGAAAUUACAUUGCCCAGAAUGCCAUAGAAGCAGCUGAAAAUGGGGAUUUCUCAGAGGUAAGAAAUGUAUUGAAACUCUUGGAAAAUCCAUUCCAAGAAACAGAAGAAUCCUCAGAGACAGACACCAAGGAGGAGGAAGCAACUGCUGCAGCAGCUGCUUGUGCUCAAGCAACCAGAAGCAGGCUGCCUUAUUGCAGUAAGCCUCCCCUCUGGGCUUCAGAGCUCUGUGUUACAUGAUCUUCAUAACUGCCUUGUUUUAUUUUUUGCUCUGAACUGAAGACUGUGAUCCUCCUUCAGCGGUGAAGAAUUGAGCAAGGCAAUCAUCGAAGUGCUAUUAAGUUAUUGAAACAACCCUACAUUUGGAUGCAUCUACAGCAGCCUUCAGCUGUGCUUAAUUUAGGGCAGUCUGGGAUCCUUGGAGCAAGCUGCCAACACUGGACAGUCUGUACAGAUUGUUUCUUUGUGUGUUUUGAGACUGAAGGCCUUUCCUUUAUUCAUACCACACUGCAGUAUUUCCUCUGGAGACACGCUGACAUUUGAACAUCCAAAUGGAGUUGUUACGUGAAGACAAAAGUAUCAAGUCAGGAAUCUGAUCUGUUUUUGUCUGAUGUCUUAACUAAUAGUACUUCUAACAUCUAUUUGCUGCUUUUUCUAUGCAGGGAGUUCUAGUCCACUUUAAUGGAGGAAUAGAUACAAUGAUGCUUGUUUGAAGCCAUGAUUCAGUUAAUUAGUUCAUUUAUUGUGAACCUUUAGGCUGAUAUUUAAUCUUUAUCUUGGAGUCUGCAGGCAGGGGCUUGAGGGGAAGCAAACAAACAGGUGGGUUUUGUUCUUUUUUAUGUUUUCUUAUAUAUAAUACAUAAAGAGCACAAUGAAGGGAGACCGUAUAUUUGCACUUGAAAAGCUUGGUGGUCAAGUCAGCUCAGAUUCACAGUGUUUACGUACAGUAUAUUGACAAAAGCCAUGAGUGCAGUUUGUAAGCUGCAUGUAAGGUGACUCGGGCUAAUUCAGCUGCCUAAACGAGCACAAGCUGUACGUACUGCGUGAGCAUCGUGUGAAAGAUGCUACAGAAGGAUGGGAGCUGACUUGCUCAGAAAUGUAUUGGUGAUAUUUCAGUUUGGUUUCAUUUGAGAUGUUAGGGGGAAAUCUGUUUCUUCUAUUGCCGUGUCAGCAAAAAUGAAAGGAGUUCCCAAGUUAAAGGCUUGACUGAGCUUUCUGAGCUUAUUUCUGAAGGGCUCUGCUUGGCGUAUCCUCAUGCAAGUCUGAUGUAGUGCGGAGGUUUCUCUUUUCCAAAGAAGCCACUGUCUUCCACUGUGAGCUUAAGGGCAGUCUGGUCAAUAGCUCUCUUUUAAGUCUUCCUCAAAUCAUGAGCUAUGGAGAAACAGGGAGAAGGCUGGGCUGCUGCUUGUCCAGUUCUGCUAAUAAUCAGUUUCUUCUUGCUGCCUCAGUAAACAGGUGAUGUUUUGAAGCAUUAUCCCUCAUUGAACCUGGGGGCUUCUGAAAGCAAACCAUCUCAUGGAAGCUGUUACUGCAAGGCAGCGCUGGGUAAGGACUGCGCCAGGGGAGGGAUGGGGAAGGAAAUGUGCUGCCAAUUGAAGGACAUCUCAAGCAUUCUCCUGGCAAAUCUGCAGAGCCCAGCGAUUCUUAUGCUGUGCUUUGACUAGAAGGGAUUAAUAGGAAGGGAAAAAGAAGAUGCUCCACAAUGAUCAUAACUGUGUCCUCAUUUUGUUUCUCAGUUUAUAGGAAGGAGCGCUGUUGUGGUGGAGCUCUGCCUGAGCUGCUGACUUAACAAAGUGCUCUAAAGUAACGAUUUUAAACUGUACCUCAGGGAUUAUGUAUUUUUAAUGGCAUUCUGACAUUGUUUUAUUUUGGGGUCAUUUGCUGUUGUGAUGGGGAGAGGGAGAUACUUUGAUACUCUGCUAGCAAAUUUAUCCUUAAAAAGGGAUGCCAAAUGUGAAAGCGAAGAAUGAAACCUUGGGGUACUUGUCCCAUUAAAUGCGUUCUUAAGUGUGAAUCAUGUGCAGGAGGGCUGGAAAGCCUGAAAUCACAACCAGAGAAUGGUGGUUGUGGGGCUGAAUGAGUUUGAGACUCUUCAACACCAACAGCCUUCUUUGGAAAGCCUUUGGUUGCACUGUAGUCCUCUGCCUGUACAACCUGACCUGCCGUUGCCUGAAUGCAGGCGGCAGCAGGGGACCAGCAGCCUCACACUGUGGUGGGGCUCCUCUCGUGACCAAGAUCUCACCAUCACUGCUUCCUGAGCUUGUGGAACUAUGACUACUGCUAUUGGCUUUUAGUUCUUUUAUUAAAGAAAGAAGUAAAUCCAAAAUGUAAUUU